ACAGCGGGAUGGGACCCCGGCUCACUCAGACGCGCUUGUUUGCAUGACGGCAACUCCACUGGAUCGACGGUCUAAUCUGUACACUAGAUUUUAUCUCGAGUUUGCAAGGUGCUGACCAUCACGACAUACUCAAAUCCGUCCUUGUAUCAGCCCGUUGCCCUUUUUCUCCAAAGACACGGCCAGGAGUCGGCUGCGUUGUAUUCUCGACGGCCGGUCCUCCUUUUCUUCGUCUGUCGCAUCGGCCACAGUUCCAAGGUUGUGGAGCUCAAAACCUGAAACUGUCGACGCUUGGUCGCUGCGCUCAAAAAAACCGCCGGAUUGCUGGCGCAUCCUUCCACUUCGUCAUCGACACGGCGUUAGAGGCCCUCGCAGCUUUGCACGACCGCCGCCAUGGCUGCCCUCGGUGAUGACUUGCUUGCGACCGUCAACAAGCUGCAGGAUCUAGUUUUCAACACUAUUGGAAAUGAUUCCCUGGAUCUCCCGCAAAUUGUAGUUGUUGGCUCCCAAUCCGCGGGCAAGUCCUCGGUACUCGAGAACAUUGUCGGUCGAGAUUUCCUCCCCCGCGGCAGCGGCAUCGUUACUCGAAGACCCCUCAUUCUGCAGCUAAUCAAUGUUCCCGAAGACGACCCGGAAGAUGUAGUGAAUGUUGGCUACCGGAAUCCCAACCAGGCUGCCCGCAAUGAAUGGGCCGAGUUCCAUCAUAUCCCGAAUCGGAGGUUCAACGACUUUGGUGAUGUCAAGCGGGAAAUCGAGAACGAAACAGCAAGAGUCGCCGGCACCAACAAGGGCAUUAACCGCCAGCCUAUCAAUCUCAAAAUCUUCUCUCCCCAUGUCCUGAACCUGACUUUGGUCGAUCUGCCGGGACUCACAAAGGUGCCCAUCGGAGACCAGCCGACCGACAUCGAGAAGCAGACGCGAAAUCUCAUAUCUGAAUACAUUGCGAAGCCCAACAGCAUCAUUUUGGCUGUGUCUCCUGCUAACGUCGACAUUGUUAACUCCGAGGCCCUCAAGCUCGCGAGGCAUGUCGACCCCCUGGGGCGGAGGACCAUCGGCGUGCUCACAAAAGUCGACCUGAUGGACCAUGGCACGAACGCACUUGAUAUCCUCUCGGGCCGCGUGUAUCCACUGAAGCUGGGUUGGAUCGGAGUGGUGAACCGGUCGCAGCAGGAUAUUCAAGGGAAUAAGCCCAUGGAGGAUGCUUUGAAGUCCGAAGCAGAGUUCUUCAGGCAUCAUCCGGCCUACAGGAACAUUGCGAGCCGCUGCGGCACUCAAUUCCUGGCCAAAACUCUAAACACAACUCUGAUGGCUCACAUCCGAGAUCGCCUUCCCGAUAUCAAGGCCCGGUUGAACACCCUCAUGGGCCAAACCCAGCAAGAACUGGCAAGCUACGGGGACAUGCAUUUCAGCGGCAAGGAACAUAGAGGAUCGCUUAUUCUGCAGCUUAUGACGCGCUUCGCGACGUCCUUCAUCUCGUCCAUCGACGGCACUUCGACCGAGAUCUCGACCAAAGAGCUCUGCGGCGGCGCCCGCAUCUACUACAUCUUCAACUCUGUUUUUGGGAGCUCGCUGGAAUCUAUCGACCCUACUUCUAACCUCUCAGCCCUUGAUAUCCGGACUGCGAUCCGCAACUCUACGGGCCCUCGACCCAGUCUGUUUGUGCCCGAGAUGGCCUUUGACCUGCUGGUCAAGCCGCAGAUCAAGCUUCUCGAGAUGCCCAGCCAACGCUGUGUCGAACUCGUCUACGAGGAACUCAUCAAAAUAUGCCAUACCUGCGGCUCUACUGAGCUCCACCGCUUCCCCAGGCUUCAGGCCAAGCUCAUAGAGGUCGUCUCUGAUCUACUACGGGAACGACUUGGCCCCGCAUCAGCCUACGUCGAGUCGCUGAUUGCGAUUCAGCGGGCGUAUAUUAAUACCAAUCAUCCGAACUUUCUCGGUGCCGCUGCAGCCAUGAGCCACGUUGUCACUAACAAGCAAGAGAGGGAGAGGAAGCGCCUGAUCCAAGAAGAGCGAGAACGGCGGGAGCGGAGACGGAUGAAGGAGCUUGGUGCUAACGGGGGCGCAGAUACUCCGGCCGAGGAGGAGGAUGAAGCGGCGGCGACGGAGAAGGCAGAGUCUCUCCCCGUGCGAAAAAUCGCCGGAAAGGGGCCCCGCAGUCUUUCGCCGGCAGUUCACGAGAGUGUCAACGCCUCCAGUGGCAUAGCCGCGACUCUCAACGGAAAUCGCUCAGCGUCACCUUCUCGGCUACAUGGGCAGGCCUUGGGGAGCGCGAAGGACUCAUUCCUAAACUAUUUCUUUGGCAAGGAUGGUGCCCUCGUCCCCGGCGCCGCCCCUCCUCCUAAUGCAAACAUGACUCGCCACGUGAGCCAUUCGGUGGAGCCAACAUUCAGUCAGAGCAUCAGACGGACAGACGACAAGGCGUUACGGUCUCCUAUCCAAAGCCUACGGGGUGACGACGGCAUGGACUUUGCGCAAGGCCCGAAGAUGGAUGCGGCUAGCAACAGUGAACUUGCCAUGACCGACCGCGAGGCCAUGGAGACGGAGUUAAUUCGAGCGCUGAUCAGCUCUUACUUCAACAUUGUGCGCGAGAGCAUCGCGGACCAGGUGCCCAAAGCUAUCAUGCACCUCCUUGUCAACCACUGCAAGGACGUUGUGCAAAACCGUCUGGUCAGCGAGCUGUACAAGGAGUCCCUCUUUGAAGAGCUCCUGUAUGAGGACGAUGCAGUCAAAAAGGAGCGGGAAAAGUGCGAGAAACUCCUUCAGACCUACAGGGAGGCAGCCAAGAUCAUUGGCGAGGUCGUAUAACCGCUGUCCCGGCGCUGUUGUGUGUAUAGGAGUGUAAAGAGGAAGAAGGACAGCAGUGUAUGUUGACCGGUGUUUUGGGGCCGCUGGGUUACGUUGCUCGGAUUAUGUAUCCCUCUUAGACAGGUGUUUUGAUCUUGAGAGUUCAGGACAGCAAACGCGGGACGGAGCAGAAGAGACUUGAGCAGGACGGCGGAAUCGCACUCGUUCCCUUGGCGCCAUUGGGGGUGGGAUGACAGAUAGGGAGUCGUCUCAACUCUAAUUUCUUGUAUGUGUACAUAUAUAUACAUAAAGGUCUUCCGGUUGGAACAAAUGGUCUCUUUGAGUAAGGUCUAAUAUCUGACCCCUUUACAAAC